AUGCAAAAUAUUCCAUCGAGUAUAAACGUGAGACCAACGCCUUAUUUCUCAGACUCCCCGGUAUCCCUUGGAUCAGCAGGCUCGCCGCUCGGGAUCCAGCCGGCGGACGCUCCUUCACCCAUAAACUUUCCUGCUCCAGGGGAGAGCAUGGCCGACACCUCGACCCUGUCGCCGGAGGCUAACAUGCCGAGCUCGCCGGGCUGCCCCGUGGUCAAAGUGAAAAGCGAGUAUCUGCUAGGCAUCCCGAGUCCAGGGACACCGCGAGACCCUCUUCGCGGGACCGGGGCGGCAAGUGGCUUGGAGGCUCGUGAUACAACAUGUCCGGACCGUGCGUCGCCCGAUUCAGUCUUCCCGGAUGCCACUUCGAUGGUCAGCUACCGAGUCGUCGAAGAACAACAACAACAGCAGCAGCAGCAACAGCAGCAACAGCAACAACACUAUCAACAACAGCAGCAGCAGCAGCAACAACAACAACAGCAGCAGCAGCAGCAACAACAGCAACAGCAUCAACAACAACGUUCCGGUACACCGGUACCAACCAGACUGUCGCCUUAUUCGCCGAUGCAAGCGGUCUCCACGACUCCGAUGCCCCAGGAAGCGACUUCGAGGAGCGACAGCCCCGACAAGGGUGAUCUAUCGUCGGCGCAGACCAAGGAGGAGUCGGACAACUCGGUUUUCGACGGAGGAGGUGGCGGUGGUAGCGGCGGUGGCGGUCGUUCAGAGACCUCCAGUCAACCUAGUCACCGGAGCAGCCCGUCUUCGCAGUACAGCCCUAACCAGAGUAUGAGCCCUAGCGCGAGUAGCACGCACGUCAGUCAACAACAGCAGACGCCGCAAACGCCGCUGAGACCGCGAGUGCCCUCGGUGCCGCCUCACCUUCUGGCUCAUCAUCAAUUCUGGUCGCAAAACAACGGUAUACAGGGGUUCGCCACGCAAAGGCUACUGAACGGGGUCAUCAGCAGCGCCGUUAAUUACGGGCAGAACGUGGCGGUCGCGUCCACUAGCAGCGGCACGAGUCUCAGCAGUAACACAGGGAGCAGCGGGAAUGGGGCAACUUCCACGAGUACAGGGGCAACUAGUACAGCUUCCUCGUGCGAAACGAUGAAACCACCGGCGCAAAGGCCCGCGCCAGCGCCCCCGAGACCACCUCCCACCGUCAUCAUGGGCGAGAUCGGUGGUGUCCGAACGAUGAUAUGGUCGGCACCACCGUUGGACCCCGUACCACCGCCGGCGGCCUCGUGGACGACCACCGCCGCCGCGGCUUCCUGUUCCUCCUCCGAAGAGUCGGCUGCCCAGCUACUCCUGAACCUCGGCCAGGAGUCCAGGGGCAAGCCGCCUUCCGUUUCCUAUUCUUCCGGCCCGCCGCUCAACAUGGAGAGGUUAUGGGCCGGCGACAUGACGCAGUUACCGGCCGCGCAACAGAUGCAGGCGCUCAACUUGACUGCUUCCGGGUCCGGACAAACAUGGGAAAGGAACGGGGGAGGGGUGAUUAAGUCUGAGACGGCGUCGCAGUCGAUGUCGGUUGCUCCACCAGCACCGCCGAUGCCGCCUCAAGAACACGAGGAGGACGAAACGCCUAUGAUAUGUAUGAUUUGCGAGGACAAGGCUACCGGUUUGCACUACGGUAUCAUCACGUGCGAAGGGUGUAAAGGUUUCUUCAAAAGGACUGUACAAAAUAGGCGAGUAUACACAUGCGUAGCAGAAGGAGGUUGCGAAAUCACGAAGGCCCAGAGGAACAGGUGUCAAUACUGCCGUUUCAAAAAAUGUAUUGAACAGGGCAUGGUUCUUCAGGCGGUCCGAGAGGACCGCAUGCCGGGCGGAAGGAAUUCUGGCGCUGUGUAUAACCUUUACAAGGUGAAGUACAAAAAACACAAGAAGAGCAACAAAACAAGCGGAGUAGGUGGCAGCAUGGGUGGCAUAAGUAGCGGCGGUAACAUUGGCGGUGUUAACGGGUCGGGAUCCCUUGGUGGUAGCAAAAGCACCAUGGGCUCGACGAUGCUUGACAAACACAUGGCUGUAGCCGCAGUCGCUCACCAUAGCCAACAGCAGCAUGUCCAGCUAGCUGGUGGCUUCCUUCAUCAUCACAAGAUCUCGUCGGGCGACCCGCUCAACUCGCAAUCUACCACCAGCCACUCAAGUCACCCAGCGCAUUCAGGCCACCUCGUCAACGGGACAAUCCUGAAGACGGCGCUCACCAAUCCUUCCGAAGUGGUACAUUUACGGCAGAGGUUAGACAACACAGUCAGCAGUUCCAGGGAUCGAUCUUUUCCCUUCGACGCAACCGUUGCUAUGAUCCAGUCCUUGAUAGACUGCGACGAGUUCCAAGACAUCGCUACAUUGAGGAACUUGGACGAGCUACUGGACCAUAAAUCAAACUUAAGCGACAAGCUGUGUCAGAUAGGAGACAGCAUAGUGUACAAGUUGGUGCAGUGGACCAAGAGGUUACCGUUCUACCUUGAGCUACCGGUCGAAGUUCACACGACGUUGCUCACCCACAAGUGGCACGAGAUCCUGGUGCUGACCACAUCCGCCUAUCAAGCGAUACAUGGUCAGCACAAGUUCUCCAACGUCGGUAGCGACGUGAUGGGAGCGGAUUUUAUGCAAGAAGUAAUUACGUAUAUACAUAUACUUUUCUUUCGU